AUGGACGUCCACCGAGCGCGGAACAGCGACAGCGGAUAUACUGGACCAUUGCCGGCACUCAAACUUGCAGUCGGACGAACAAAUGGCAACGUAGAGAUAUGGAACCCCCGGCGUGGACUCUGGGUGCAAGAAGCUGUGUUUCCUGGCAACAACACGAACAUCGAUGGGCUGGCGUGGACACAAGAUCCGGAUGAGAAGGAUGCAGACGGCCAAUAUAUCCCCGGCCAACAGCGCCUUUUUAGCAUCGCUUCCUCGCCGUCGGUGACCGAAUGGGAUCUCGCGACUGGGAAGCCCAAAAGGCAGUCGACUGGCAACUUCAGCGAAGUGUGGUGUCUGGCUGCGCAGCCGAGAUGGAGACCGCAGAAGGAUUCGAGUGAAGAGCCGCAAGGGCAGGAUCUGGUGGCUGGAUGCGGUGAUGGCACAAUCGCAUUGCUCUCGACAGCAGACAAUGACUUGCAGUUCAAGCGCUUCCUGGCGCGCGUGGCGGGCAAGAAGGCACGAUGCAUGUGCAUUACCUACCAGAACCGUGACCGGGUGGUGGCAGGUUUUGCGGACAGCAUGAUUCGAGUCUACGAUACCAGGAAUAGCAACAUGCUCAGAGCGAUGAGUUUGGGGGUCAGUGUGCCGGGCGCGCCGAAGACCGGUCUGGUCUGGCAGGUGCGAUGCCUUCCGAACGGCGACAUUGUGUCUGGAGACUCGAAUGGAGAGGUCAAAUUCUGGGACGGCAAGACAUACUCGAUGACGCAGCGGAUAGCGUGCCACGACUCGGAUUGCCUGGAUUUGGUUGCGAGCAGUCAUGGCAGGACGGUCAUGUCCGGCAGCAUCAACGGCAAGAUCGCGGUACUUCGACAAUCGAACAACGACGGGCGAGCGAGCUGGGGUAAGGUGGGCCACAAACGAACUCACAGUGGAGAGGUCAAAGCUAUGGCUGCUUUUGAUAGCAAAACCUUGAGCAUGAUUGUCUCUGGAGGGAGCGAUGCUAUACCCAUGGUCACACCGUUGCGAGAGUACGGAAAAGAGAAUGUGCGGGCCCUGCCAAUGCUUCCACAACACCCACCAGUAGCAAGUGCACCGAGAGCGAGGCUACUCGUCAGCUGGUGGGAGAAGUCCAUCACCAUAUGGCGAGUCUCGAAACACGAGACGGCCGACAAGCUGCUCCAUUCGCCGAGUCCUCGAAAACUCGUAGCGAGAAUCAAUCUGAACACCACGGCCAACAUCCGCAGUGUCUCCGUUUCUGCAGAUGGCAGCGUACUGGCUGCUGCGACAAGCGCGGAAGUCAAGUUAUUCCAGCUUCGAAGGCGUGCGGACAGUGACACUCUCGCCGUCAGGAAGCUUCACCUGCCGAAUGAGUUGGCGAAGUCUGGCGCCCAUGUGUUGAGGAUUUCGGAGAACGGCAAGUGGCUAGCUGCCGUUUCACCUCAAUCAGAGGUCUUCCUGGCACGCAUUGCCAGUGAUCCGGACAGGCCUAAGUAUUUGCAGGUCUUGCCAAAGAUUGUUGAGCUGGACCGUCGGCACCGUACGCAUACGCGCUCCGUGUUGACGGACUUCGAUCGUACCAUCACCCAGCUCGCCUUUGCUGCCGAUGGGUCUGUACUGGUAGCCAGCGACAGGGCCGGCCAUCUGGACUCUUGGGUGCUCGAGGGCCACGAGGACACGUCAGCUCCUGCUAUCGACCUUGCGGAGAAGGACUCGGACAAACGCUCGUCGGAUGCGGGCUCAGAUGCACACUCGAGCUCAGAUAGCUCGGAAGACGACGAUUUAACGCCUAUUUUUUACGGACAACACUGGACCGGCAAUCCCUCCGGCCAUCUACUACCAAGGCUCGACUCGCCGGCUUUGAUCUUGACCUUCCGGCCGCCGCGUGAAGACCAGAGCAGCAACCACCUGGCCAACGGCAACCCAGGCGUGCAUUCGACACGAAGUAACCCGCACGCGCACUCGCAUGAACUACCCCACGGACAACACAAACUCUUCGUGAUGACUGCAAAGCACCAGAUGUUCGAGUUCGACGUCCUCGCUGGUCGACUGAGCGACUGGAGUCGACGGAACCCCACCGCAGCUCUACCAGAAGACUUCACCAAGAUCAGAGAUCGUGUGAUGGGCGCCGUGUGGGACGUCAACGAGAGGAGAGAGCGCAUAUGGCUCUACGGAAGCUCGUUCGUGUGCAUGCUAAACGUCAGCGAGGAUUUGCCGGAGGAAGGCCGGGCGCAGGCGGUGGUCAAGAAGCGGCGAAAACCUAAGCGUGGGAUCAAGGAAGAACCCAAUGAUGAGGCCGAGGACGAAAAUGCUCGAAAGCGGAGAAAGAUUGAUAGUGGCGCUGGCAGUCGGAUCAGCAAUGCCCAGGAGCAGGUCGUUACGCGGUUCGAAGACGGAAAAGUAGUCAAGCUGCGUGGAGCGGACAUCAAAGCUGAGGAGGAUGACGAGGACGAUGUGGUGGACUACAGGCCUAAGCUGGAAGAUCUGCCGAGGGAGGAUGUCAAGCCAGAUAUGAAGGACAUCCCGAGCGCAGGAGAAGAGGAGGAGAAGGUUAAUGGGGUCGUGGAGAGGAAGAAGAAGGAGAAGAAAUGGUGGUGCACGUUCAAGUACCGGCCUAUACUGGGCAUGGUCGCUCUGCAGGGCGACUCGAACGAUGCGAACGAGCCGCUCGAAGUGGUCAUUGUCGAGCGGCCGCUGGAGAACUCGGAGCAAGGAAAGGCGUAG